GUGACACCAUUGGGCUUUGCAGAAUACCGGGCACCAACUCCCAUGGUCACAGCUGCCUUCUGCAUGGGUGCCAUGGAUGCGCCACCAUGCCCUGCAGAUGUAGAAGGAGUCAGAUUUCAUGCUUGGAGCCCUGGAUAUGGACUGGCCGAGUACUUGGAGCUGCCGCUUGCAAAGGUCUUAAAGUUUGCGGCUGAUGCCUUUGCGCAGGCUGCUCGUGGAUCAUCAUUUGCACUGAUCGUGGAGUCCGUGAAGUUGAUGCCAGUAACACGCGCUUUGGAAACGUUCGGGGCGGGCUCUAUUCUGUCCUCCCUUUCCGAUCCUUUGGAGGCGUUGGUGGCCAGCAAGCUUUUAAGGAAACGCGUGGAGGUGCUUUGUGGUACCAAGCUCCUGGACUACCUUAAUCAGCUCUCUUUGGAUUCCCUCAAGUCCUUUGAUGCUGUGUGGCUAGGGUAUGAUGGCGGCAGAGCAAUGACAUCAGCUUCGCUUCAUGGUUGCAGCGAAUGGUCUCACCUGAACGCGCUGCUCUCCUUGCGACUCCUGUCUGAAAAUGCGCUCCUGGCUGCGACUGGGACGUUGAAUCUGAGGGACAGUCGGUCCUAGGACUUUUAGCUGUGUGACGUGCUUACUUUGCCAGUGAUCGAAACAGCCCUUGCUUGUCGACUAGUGAGUGCAUACAAAUCAGUGCUAGCGGAAUUUUUACCGCCCAGAAAAACAUCCAGAAAAACAUGGAUGUUUUGGAGAUGGACGACUUCAGCACAGUG